CAAUGCGAUUCUAAUGGGCUUAUUUUUGGACCUAAGCUUGUAGUGUGCCUUUCAGCCAUUGGGACAAUGACUCCCAUUGUUAGGGCGGAGACAUGAGCUUCUCGUCAUUAUAUAAAACAUCUCUGCUCAUGAGCAUGGGAUGAAUCAUACAUACCCGUACCUCGGUGUGACUGGAGCAGUCCUCCGAAUUAACGGCAACGUUUGGCUUCAAUCACUUUUAAAACUUUUACAGGUGUUGAAUUACAACUAUAUUUGCAACGAAAUGAAGCGGUAUGUUUUUCUGGGUGUUCUUUCGAUGUAUUACCUCCAGGUGUCAAGCUCGAGCUCUGCCGCCCACGGGUGUUUCUGCCAGGUGACCGGUAGCUUGGAUGACUGCGCUUGUGAUGUGGAGACAAUUGAUGCCUUCAACAAUGAGCGACUCUUCCCCAAACUUCAGAAGCUGCUUGAGUCCGACUAUUUCAGGUUUUAUAAGGUGAACCUGAAUAAGCUAUGUCCAUUCUGGACAGACAAUGGCCUCUGUGGGCAAAAGAACUGUGCAGUGAUACCAUGUACACCAAAUGAGGUCCCAGAGGGAAUCAAAACAAAUGGCCAUCACAAUAAGUACUCAGCUGAAGCAAACAACCAGGAGUGUGAGAAGGCUGAGACGCUUGGAGCAGUGGACAGCUCCCUCAGUAAGGAGACCAGGCAGGCCCUCCUGGAAUGGAACAAGCAUGAUGACGAGGCAGAGCGAUUCUGUGUGAUUGAUGAUGAGGAGUCUCCUGAUUCCCAGUAUGUGGAUCUACUGCUAAAUCCAGAGCGCUUCACUGGAUACAAGGGGCCAGAGGCCUGGCAAAUCUGGAACAGCAUCUAUGAGGAGAACUGCUUCAAACCAUACACUGUGAAGCGACCUCUAAAUCCUAUGGUAUCUUACAGUGGAACUGAUGGGAAGACAUUUUACAGUUGGCUGGAUGGCCAGUGUGUGGAAAAGAGGGCUUUCUUUAGGCUCGUCUCUGGGCUCCACUCUAGCAUCAACAUACACCUGAGUGCCCGGUACCUCCUAGAUGACAACUGGUUCCAGAAGAAGUGGGGUCACAACGUCUCUGAGUUCCAACAACGUUUCGAUGCCCAGCUGACCAACGGCGAGGGCCCAAAGAGGCUGCGCAACCUCUACUUCCUCUACCUGAUCGAGCUGCGUGCCCUGGCCAAAGUCCUGCCUCUUCUCCAGCGCCCCUCCUUCCAGCUGUACACUGGCCAACCCACCCAGGACCGACAACACAAACGCGUGCUCCUAGAGCUCCUCCAGGUGGCCAAGUCUUUCCCUUUGCACUUUGACGAGACGUCUCUGUUUGCUGGAAAUAAGGAGGAAGCUGCCAAUCUCAAGGAGGAUUUCAGGCUGACCUUCCGCAACAUCUCCAGGAUCAUGGACUGUGUGGGCUGCUUUAAGUGCAGGCUCUGGGGCAAACUACAGACUCAGGGGUUAGGCACAGCCCUGAAGAUCUUGUUUUCCGAGCGACAGAUCGAGGCUCUGCCCAAAUCCAGCAGCGCCCGGCUCACUUUCCAGCUCAGUCGCCAAGAGAUAGUGUCUCUCCUCAAUGCCUUUGGAAGGAUUUCAACCAGCAUCAGAGAGUUGGAGAACUUCCGAUCACUGCUGUCUAAGGUCCGGUAGCCUGAACCCACACGUCCCUACAGAGAGCCACAUACCCACAAAAGAAUAACCAGGCUGAUUUAGAAAUGAUUCAAAAUACAACAGCAUCAGCAUGUAGCUGGGGUGUUUGGGGCUGCUGAAAGACACAAGUGAAAGUCCUGACAAGUGACUUACAAGGGAUCUAACUAAACAAAUAAAGGAACAUGGGCCGUAGCCAAUCCCCUUUGAGCUACUUGCCAAUAAGGGUGUUUUCACAGUUUUGAUCUACAGUUGAAAUCAGUUACAUUGUUUUUAAAAAUUUGUUCCGGUUGGUUUCACAUGCGGGUCACAAAUGUCAAACGAACUAAAAUUCCUAAACAAAUCCACCUGUCCAUUCAAGGCAUAGUUGUUUUGGACAAAAAUGCUCACGUUUAAUCAAUCUGAUUAUCAUGAAGCAUCACUGUGUAUCCCAAUCUUCAUAUAGUUUUUUUCUUCCAAAAACAUACGGGAGGAAACAACGCAAUCCCUGCUCUAACUGCUACGUGAAUUGACAAUAUUCAGUAGUUUAUAUCCCCGGUAUAGUAUGGAACGCUGUUUGCGUCUUUGCGUGUCAAAAAAGAUACACGUCAAAUAAGGUUUUAAAGUCACACGUCAAAUAACAGUUUAAUUGUAGAAUGUUGUGUUGGACCGCAACUUCUGGUAUUCUUCAGUUCAUGAAAAGAAAUAGCUAGCCAGCUACUAAACCCUCUUGCCCAAAGCUAACGUUAUAAGCAGCCAGCUAGCUUCAUGGGGCUCGACCGUACCGGGUUAUGUGUUAUGAAGCUAGCCACAAUAACGAUUAGGCACAAUAUUGGAAUUUGCUGUUUGCCUUUUUGAAAGUGAUGCAGAAGGUUACAAUUGGUGGAAUCCUGCCUUAUUUAGACUAGAUAAUGUCAAACAAGGUUGGAAUGUGAAGCAACGAAAUGGGGUGUCAGUUUACUUGGUGACACCCACAGAACACAACUGUGAAGAGUUUACGCAAAUAUUAGGGUUGUAGCUCUUAUCGUGGGACUGUGACUGUGUGAAAUCACCUCCCAGUCAGCCUAUUGUGUGUAUUGACAUUCAUUUUGCACUGUACAGCUUUACCUAAGGAUUGGGGAUCAAUGAAAUGGGGUAUCAGUCUACUCAAUACCCAAGACAUUUUUUCCCAACGUCCUCCUCAGAGUUAUCAGACUUGUUUUUCCUCUGGAAUAGUGUUCAAUACACAGGUUGAUUCACAGUUCUUCCAGAGUCCCACAAUAAGAGCAACGACACUAAUGUUCUCUGGGUGUCACUGAGUAGACUGAUAUCCCAUAUCAUUGAUCCACAAUCCAUAGGUAAGGCUAGUGGUUACAGCGUUGGGCCAGUAACCGAAUGGUUGCUAGAUCGAAUCCCCAAGCUGCCAUGGUAAAAAAUCUGUCGUUCUGCCCCUGACCAAGGCAGUUAACCCACUGUUCCUAGGCCAUCAUUGUAAAUAAGAAUUUGUUCUUAACUGACUUGCCUAGUUAAAUAAAGGUUAUAUAUAAAAUGCUGUACAGUGAAAUAAGUAUGCCCCUAAUGCAAUUCUAAAGUCUAAUACAUCCAGUGUGAAUUAAACAGAUUUGUCUUUUGUUGUUUGCAUAUAACAUUUCAACCUCGUUUAGCAUGAUCUAUUCAAUUACGUCAUAAUUCUACUAUUUGUAUUCAUUUGCAUCACUGUCAAUGACACUUAUUUUGAAGGCUAACCGCAAAGUCCACUAUUGUGGCUAGCGUCACAUAGAUGGGUCCGACCACCAUUAAUCAAAUAAGAACUGUCUUAUAAAUUAGAGUUAUUUUAGAUGACAGCUAGCUAACUAUAGCUACUGAAACAGAUUGUCGUUAUGCUAUGUUUUUGGGGAAGAACAUUGUUUGCAUCCAUGAGCUAGCUAGCUUUUUUUAUGACUAGCACUGUAGGUGCGCGAGACAAGUUUACCAGCAUCAUAGCAUGUGUAUCGAUGAAUCGUUGUGACAUAUGAGUGAUAGAGUAAUCAAUGUGUAAUAACUACGUACAAAAAUUAUGAAUGCGUUAAAUGUAUGUGACGUGCAGUUAUAUUCAGGUCCUGAUUGGUCAACAAGCUUAUUUGACACGUCAAAUAGUGUUAUUUGACGUGUAUCUUUUUUUGACAUGCAAAGACCCAAACGGUGUUCCAUAGUAUAGCCCUCUCUCCACGAAUCUGCAUCGGAUGCGCUCAUAAAUGCGCUGCUACUCAGCGAAUGUUUCAGAAAUACAAAGUUAUGAUGCUGCGUGGAUUUCAUCAAAUGGUCGCAGUCACACAACCAUUAAUACUGCGCGACUCUGGUUAUUUUCGUGUUUUUGGUCUGGACUGCGUUCUCGCCUACAGCGAACCGCGCCACAGUACGAAUUGAAUCGGGAAAAACCGCUCCAAACCAAUUGGGUGUGAAAGCCCCCUUAGAGUAUUAGGUUUUUAAAAAAACGUUGCACCGUUUUGCUUCCAGUACCUUUUCACAAUGGGUUUAUUGGCGAGUGGUUGACUACGUUAUCCUCAAACAUUUUGCACACUACAUAUGUAAAACGCGUUGACCAUUGAUAUAAUGUGUACACUCCUCAGGGCUUUUCUAUGUGCUGUAAGGCAACUGAAUGUAAUGGGAUGUUUUCUAUGAGUGAAAAAAUAAACAUUGGCGUGUCCUACAUCAUCUACAUAAA